AUGAGUGGAGUGCAAGCUCACUCUGAAGCUCGCUUUGAUGUCGAAAAGGUGUUAACCCAUACUUGUAAUGGUUGCUUCAAAGGUCCUUGUGUUGAAGGGAAAUGCGUUUGUUUUCCGGGAUGGAGUGGAGAUCAAUGUGAUCAAUGUUAUGGGAGAAUCAAGAUCACCAAUCAAUCUACGGAAAUCCUGGAUGGGCCAAAAAGUUAUCAAUCACUGCAACGGUGCACCUGGAUCAUCGAACAUGAUGGGGCUUCACUCCCAACAACUUUUCAAUUCAAAUCGUUGCACACUGAAUGCGGAUGGGAUUUCGUUUAUCUCUAUGAUGGAAAUGGCAUCUACAAUCAACAAUUAGGAGCACUAUGUGGUCGAUUGAAAGAACCAAUCGAAAUGAUGGCCCCAUCCGGCAGUGCCGUUCUCUAUUUCGUCUCCGAUAUGGCCGCCAACUAUCCCGGUUUCAAUAUCAGCUUUGAUUUUGACAGAUGCCCAUACAAUUGCAGUGGACAGGGUACUUGUAAACCAAAACUCGGAUGCGUUUGUAAUCCCGGCUUCACUGGACCCUAUUGCCAAAUAGCAUAUUGUGAUGAAAAACAAUUGAAAGAUCCUUGUCUGAAUGGUGGAGUAUGUCAGAAUGAUGCUUGCAAUUGUACAAGCAAUUGGCAUGGCUUAUACUGUCAACAGUCAAAACUCUUGCCAGUUUCGGAUCCCGUCAUUAUCAAAGGAGAUCCUUUACCUGGAAGAGCCUCUCAUGCAUCGAUAGCUGAUGGAUCAUCGCAGAAUUUAUUGGAUAUCAUCUGGACUGUGGGUGGAUAUAGCUUUUCGGGAGUGAAACAAGACAUGAUCGUAACAUUCAAUGUGACCACAAGAAAUUGGAUAACGAUCCAGUUGAAUGCCUCAUCACCCGAACCAGAGAACAGAUAUGAUCACACUAUCGUCAAGCUCAAGAACACGCUAUAUAUGUUUGGUGGAGUGAAAAAUGGACGAGAAGUGACGAACGAGUUUUGGGCAUUUGAUAUGGAGCACAGAAUAUGGAAGUUGAUCUCUGAUGGGAAUCACACUGAUUUAGAGAGAGCUCCACUAGCUGUUGCCGGCCAUACAGCUUAUGUUGUUGGUCAAAAGAUGUACAUCGUAUUUGGUUACAAUCCAUUUAUCGGCUAUGUGCAUUAUGUUCAAAUUUACGAUUUUGAAACGAAGACGUGGAAUAUGACGACCGAACACAAAGUACAUGGCCGAUUUGGGCAUUCAAUGGUUGUCGUUGAUGAGACUGGAGCAUCACCUUAUGCUUUGAUUUAUGGUGGGACGACAAAAUCGAGCAACAACACCGAUGAUCUCAUCAAAUUUGAUAUCAAAGCCGAUACCAUGGCAAAAGUCACCUCAACCGGCACAUUCUAUUUCCCACUCACUCUUCACAGAGCUGUUCUUUUAAAUCACAUGAUGAUCAUUACGGGAGGGAAUAAAGGAAAUGGAGGAACUUCGGAUGAAUGUUUUAAUGAUCAAAUCCUCGUGUAUGAUACAGCUUGUGGACAAUGGAUUCAACCAGAUUCAAAAUGGUCGAAUAUCUCCGAAUUGGCGAGAUAUGGACAUUCAGCUGUUAUUGCAGGAAAAGACCCACAUUUAUUUGUGAUUGGUGGCUUCAAUGGGACGAUGAGAGAAAACAUCUAUGAGUUUAAGCCAGCCGAUUGUUCUUCAACGAAUCGACCAGAAGAUUGCCAAAAAAUAACGGGCGGUUUGAGGUGUGUCUAUGUUGAUUCGAAAUGUCAAAAGUUCGACAACCAACGAAGCUUCAAGCAAAAUUUCAUCUCGAUGAUCAAAAAUGAGAUAACUGGAAGAGUGACAUGCCCUGAAACAAGACAAAAGACAUUAUCAUCAUGCGAAGAUCAAAAUGAUUGUGUUGCUUGUACAUCACAAAAUGGAUGUGGAUGGUGCUCAGCUGGGAAUCAAUGUCUACCAUCAGAUCAAGAAUGUCUCGAUGCACAAUCAAUGUUGACAACUUGGGAAAAGUGUGGUUCCUCGACUCCCGCUUCCCCUCGCUCCUGUUCAAUGGCUGCAAACUGUUAUGCGUGCAAGUUGCUUCCUCAUUGCAAUUGGUAUAUGGAUUCGCUCCGACCGCAAUGUAUCACGGUUGAAGAAGAAGUAUUCCUUCUAAACGAGAGAAAAGAGCAAGAAUUCGAGCGAGUGACAGCCGGAGCACAAGGCGCGAAUAUCAUCCCCCGUUCUCAUUUUUCAUUUCUCGCCCCGAUUCCCCGUAUCCCAAAUGUGACUCUUUGUGCGGUGGCUGGGCAGGCAGCUUGUGAAAUGGCAAACAAUUGCUCGGAUUGUAUGGAUGAGACAAAAAGAACUGGAUGUAUGUGGUGUCCAUCAACAGAAAGAUGCAUAAACCAAGACGCUUACACGAUCGCCUUUGCCUAUGGACAAUGUCAAUCAUGGGUGAAUCAAUCGAACAAGUGUCAAAAAGAAUCAGCAAUUUGUGAAGACCAUAAAACUUGUCAAGAAUGUCAAACUCAGCCUGGAUGUGGCUGGAUUGAUGAUGGAUCGGAGACUGGUUUGGGUGAAUGCGUGCAAGGGAGCUCUGAUGGUCCACAAAACAAAACACUGUCGAGUCCAGAGAAAUGGUUCUUCACAGAUUGUCCAGAUUGUCAAUGCAACGGCCAUUCAAAAUGUUUGAAGCCAACAAACGAAUUCGCGAAACUUGAAUGUGGUGAAUGUGCAAACAAUACGUCGGGAGAUCAUUGUCAGAGCUGUUCAAGGGGAUUCUUCGGAGACGCAAGGAAUGGAGGAACGUGUCAACUUUGUGAAUGCAAUGGCCAAGCGGAUGAUUGUGACAACCAAAGUGGUGCUUGUUAUUGUACCACGAAAGGAGUCGUUGGUGAACAUUGUGAUCGAUGUGAUGCAAAAUACAUUGGAAAUAUAACUUCUGGCGAGAUUUGCAAAUAUGAGCUGGCGGUCGAUUUCAUCUUCACAUUCAAACUGAAGAAUGACAACAGCGAUAAACAUGUGGAUGAGAUCUUUUUGUUCUCCGUUCCAUACAAGAGAGACACCGAUGUGACGUUCCAAAUCAGUUGUGAAGGAGAAGGAGCGCCAGCAUUGGUGGCACUCAACCUCACAAGCAAUGUUUACGAUGGAAAUUUUGGACUUGGCCAUACAAAACAAAUGAUGGUGCACACAACCUGUGACUCAAAGGGACUACGAAGAGUCUAUCUAGCAAAUGAUCCAGGAUACGCUUUUGGAACUGAAGCGAACACAACAUUCUAUGUCCGUGUCUCCAAUUUCACAACUCCAAUCGUGAUCCAAGUCUCUUUUGCCCAAUCUCCUCCCAUCAAUUGGGUUCUCUUCUUUGUCAUCUUUGCUGCUUGCUUCAUCGUACUUCUUGUUGUUGCCGGUUUGUUGUGGAUGAUUAAACUCCGAAUCGAAGUCUAUCGACGAAAUCAGAAUCGAAUCAACGAAAUUGAACAUAUGGCUUCUCGUCCAUUUUCAUCGGUUCGACUCGAACUCACCAAUCCAUAUACAAAUCUCGUGGCGACACCAAUCUCGAUUGAACCAUGUUCUGGGUAUAAAGCUGGCGUUUAUACACUGGCCGUUCGAUUGCCGACAGGUGGUCGUCAAACAACACCGAACGGUACCUCGGGCUUAGCCGUUGCUUCAGCACUUUGCCUUCUCACUCCAUCACAAUUAGGCCUUCUCACUGCACCCGAUAACACCGAGAAUCGAAAUAAUCGAAAGAGAACCUUCAGAAGUUAUAUACCAUUUUUGAGAAAUCCCAAUAAUUCUCCCAUG